AUGGCAUCCCCGAUCCUGAUCUCGAUUGACCCCUCCUCCCCCACCUCCGCAGGCCUGACGCUCAAACAGAUCUCGUACUUUGGCCGCACGCUCAUCAAGGUCUCUAGUCUGUCGCAGGCAUCUCAAUUCAUCCGGCAGAACUUCCCCCUCCUCGAUGUGUACGUUGACGUCACCGACAUCGCCUCCGCAGGGGAUGUUGUAGACAUCCUCAAUGCGGGUGCUGCGAAGGCUUUCCUAUCUCUGGAACAAUUGACGACGCUCUCGCGUGAGCAGGAUGUUCCAUCGUCAAGAUUGGUGGUGUACGUCUCCGAUAAGGAUGUGGACGGGCUGCAGAGUUGGAUUUCGGAGAGCGGAGAGAGGAAAGAUAUCGGCAUCUGCACUAGCGCUGCCAACCCGAAGGAUCUAGCGGAGAAGCUAGGAAUUGAUCCUGAGGCUCAAGGGGUCUACAAAUCUUACGUUGGAGGGUCUGUGACUGAGCCGGCCGUGAAGGAGAGCGUCGCACAAGGUGUGAUCAGCAUUGUUCCUGCCGACUCAUUGACGUUGGAGCGAGAACCCGGCAACAAGAUUUCCGCCGCAAAGAUUCUGGCAGCACGCGCUGUGGCCGAUCAAAAUACCGGCCUGUAUGCGACAUCGGUCACGGAUGAGAGAGGCAUCUGUCUGGGUCUCGUGUGGAGCAGUGACGAGAGCAUCGCAGAAGCCUUGAGAACGGGCACAGGUGUCUACCAGAGCAGGAAACGAGGCCUGUGGUACAAAGGGCAAUCAAGCGGAGAUGUCCAAGAAUUGGUACGGGUGGGUUUGGACUGCGACGCGGACUGCUUGGUGUUUGUGGUAAAACAGAAAGGCAGAGGCUUCUGCCACCUAGGUACGGCCACUUGUUUCGGUGCUUAUUCCGGCCUCUCUCGAUUACAAAAGACCCUACAGGCUCGUAAGGAGAGCGCGCCUGCCGGUUCUUACACGGCACGGCUUUUCAAUGAGCCUAAACUCGUCGAGGCCAAGAUUAUGGAGGAGGCAGAGGAGCUGUGUCAGGCAUCGUCCAAGGAGGAUAUCGCCUCAGAAGCGGCAGACCUGCUCUACUUCGCCCUUACCCGAUGCGUUGCUGCCGGCGUUAGCCUUGAAGACAUUGAGAGAAAUCUCGACCUGAAGAACUUGAAGGUGAAGAGACGGAAGGGCGAUGCUAAGGGCCCGUGGGCUGAGAAGGUCGGUCUCACGACGCAAAAGCCAUCUGAAUGCACACCUCCGAAGAAAGAGGAGCCAGCGCCAAAGGCUCCCGCUCAAGACAAGAACGACCGUAUCCAGAUGAGGAGAAUAGUCACCGCUUCCACGCCAGAGAGUGUGGUGAAAGAGGCUUUGCAAAGGCCGUCUCAGAAGUCCAAUGAGGCUAUUGUUGACCUUGUAAGGCCGAUUAUAAAGGAUGUUCGGGAGAAUGGGGAUGAGGCAGUUCUCAAGUACACUCACAAAUUCGAAAAAGCGACCUCAUUGAAGUCACCGGUGAUCCACGCGCCAUUCCCCGAGAGCUUGAUGCAGUUGCCACCUGAGACGAUCAAGGCUAUCGAUGUCAGUUUCGAGAACAUCAAGCGAUUCCACAGCGCUCAGAAGGAUGAGAAGCCGCUGCAGGUGGAGACGAUGCCCGGUGUGGUUUGCUCGCGGUUUGCGCGCCCGAUUGAGAGAGUCGGUCUGUACAUCCCUGGUGGAACAGCCGUUCUUCCUUCAACGGCACUGAUGUUGGGCGUGCCGGCUAUGGUGGCCGGGUGUAAGAAGAUUGUUUUCGCAUCCCCGCCUCGGGCGGAUGGAAGUAUCUCUCCUGAAAUUGUUUAUGUAGCACGAAAAGUGGGUGCUGAAAGCAUUGUUCUGGCCGGCGGCGCACAGGCAAUCGCAGCAAUGGCAUACGGAACUCAGAGUAUCAGCAAAGUAGACAAGAUCCUUGGCCCUGGGAACCAAUUCGUUACUGCCGCAAAGAUGAUGGUGUCGAACGACACGUCAGCAGGCGUCAGCAUCGACAUGCCAGCCGGACCCAGCGAGGUACUGGUCGUUGCAGACAAGUAUGCCAAUCCAGCCUUUGUCGCUUCGGAUCUCUUGAGUCAGGCCGAGCACGGUGUCGAUUCCCAGGUGAUUCUCAUUGCCGUCGACCUCGACGAGAAGCAGCUUAGCGCUAUUGAAGACGAGCUGCACGCGCAGGCCAACGCGCUGCCACGGGUUGAUAUCGUCAGAGGCUCGAUCGCGCACUCUGUUACUUUCGUGGUGAAAGACAUCAACGAAGCCAUGGCCCUGAGCAACGAAUACGCUCCGGAGCACCUGAUCCUCCAGGUCCAGGAUGCUGAGAGCGUCAUUCCCCUGGUACAGAACGCCGGCAGCGUCUUUAUCGGCCAGUGGACGCCCGAAAGCGUUGGAGACUACUCUGCGGGAGUAAACCACUCUUUGCCAACCUACGGCUACGCCAAGCAAUACUCAGGCGUCAACCUGGGCUCAUUCGUCAAACACAUCACGAGCUCGAACCUGACAGCCGAAGGGCUCCGCAACGUGUCUGGUGCAGUGAUGCAGUUGGCGGAGGUUGAGGGACUAGACGCGCACAAGCGUGCCGUCAGCAUCCGGGUAGAUGCGAUGAACAAGGCAUGA